UCAGCGUGAAAUUAAUGGAGCUUAGCCAGAAACAAAUAUACUAAAUACACAAAAAUGGCUGCUCCUGUGAUCAGAAAAAACUUUUUAACUUUUAAAGGUUUUAGAACUAACUUACGACAUAUUCAUACUGUUAAAAAGCCUCAGACAGGUUUAAAUACAACUCUUCUCAUUGGGACUUCAUGUACUUGUUUCGUUGCAUGGCAGGCGUGGCGGAAAUAUCGCCAAAAUGACGACUUUCUGCCAAAAGUUUAUGCUGCUCAAGAACCUGGAGAGAAAAAGUCUCAUCCAAUGACCCAUAGAGAGGAGCGGUUUCAACAAUUUGCGUCUGUACAAUGUGAUGGUGUUAUUUACAUGACCCCUCAAGAUUUUCUUGAGUCAGUCACGGAAGAAGUUCCAAGACAUAUGAAAAAUGGAUCUUCUGCUCGUAUUGGACGUACAAAUCUCACACCAGCAGAAGCUAACGAAUGGCUCAAGAACACGCCAACAAAGAGGCGCGGGUCAAAGACACUGUUCAGAUCCAUGCAUGAUAAGGGUCUGAUCUCGUAUACAGAGUAUCUCUUCUUGCUGUGUGUUCUAACAAAGCCCCAGUCUGGUUUCCGCAUUGCCUUCAAUAUGUUUGAUACUGAUGGGAACCAAAUUGUGGACAGAAAGGAGUUUUUGGUUUUGGAAUCAUUCUUCACUCUUCCUCCACACGAGCGCAAGUUUGUGCCGCGAGAAAAAAAGCACUUGCAGGCAUUACUAGAUCUAGAGGGUGUGUUUAGUAAACAGAGGGACUCUAGCACAAAGAAACGCUCCGACAAAACAGAAGACACCGCAGAAAAAAAGUACAAUUUGUACCACCAGAAAGUCUUGGCAGUCGAGCCGAUUCAGGACACCACAUUGCUGUUACAUUUCUUUGGAAGGAGAGGAAAUGAUGUGCUGAAAUAUGAAGAUUUUCACAAGUUCAUGACAAAUCUUCAGAGUGAGGUGAUUGAGCUGGAAUUUCUUGAGUUUUCUAAGGGUAUGCUGACAAUCUCAGAGGAAGACUUUGCAAAUAUACUUCUGCGUUACACAAACCUUGACAAGCUUGAGAUUGGAGAAUGUCUUGAAAGGGUGAAGCAAAGGAUGCCAGAAGAAAAGGGAAUAACUUUCGAGGAGUUUAGACAGUUCAGUCAGUUUAUGAAUAGUUUAGAUGACUUUGCAAUUGCGAUGAAUAUGUACACAUAUGCCCAGCAACCUGUCUCAAAAGAGGAGUUCCAGAGAGCGGUUAAGAUCUGUACAGGGACGGAGCUUGGUUCUCACAUUGUUAGUACUGUGUUUAACAUGUUUGAUGUGGAUGGAGAUGGACAUCUCAGUUAUAAGGAAUUCAUUUCCAUUAUGAAAGACAGGAAGCAUAGAGGCUCAAGGUCCCACAAUCAGCACACACCAAGAAGUUGGGAUGCUUUCAAAGCUUGUGUGAAAAAUGAAAUGAGAUCCUACUGAUAACCGGCAGUAAAAAUUACAUCAUCAUUACCUAGAAUGUAGCCUGGAUGAGAAAUCAUGUGAUAGUGUCCUAGGAUCAACUCUUCUUCCAAGCCAGCUGAUCCAGGAACACAAACCUAGAGAACUCUACUGCUUGAAAUAUUUAACCACUAGCAAGAUCAUAACUGGAUAAACUUUUUAUUAGUUAUUUAUUCUGUAUCCAACAAAGUGACUUAAGAGUAG